AGUAUAUCGAAUAAAUGACUGCAUCGUUGAAAACGGCCAAAGUGGAUGGAUGGAGUAGUACGGAAACAACAAAGAGGACAGUGUGAAAGUAGAAAGAAAGAGCACAAUACAUAGGAAAGCGAAGCAGAGGAAGGGAGCGAGAAAAACAGAGGAGAGGAUCAAUGGAGGAUCUGAAAGUAACAAUAUUAAUGGUGGCAGUUCAGGUGCUUGACGUAGGACUGAACACUCUGAUCAAAGCAGCCACCGCCGAAGGGAUGAGCGACUAUGUUUUCGUUGUCUAUUCAAAAGCCAUGGCUUUCUCUCUUCUUCUUCCAUCUUCCUUCUUUUAUUACAGAAACCGACCUUCUCCCCCCAUCACCUUCUCAAUCAUCUGCAGAAUAUUUCUUCUCAGUUGGCUUAUUUGUGCAGCGCAGACAAUGGUAUAUGUCGGUAUUGGAUAUAGCUCUCCUGUUCUUUCUUCAGUGAUGGCUGAUCUCUCCCCAGCUUUUACCUUCCUUCUUGCCAUCCUUUUCAGAUAUGAAAAAGUGGAAGUGAGGCAAGUGAGCAGCCAUGCGAAGUGUAUAGGGACAGUGUUGUCUAUUACAGGAGCGUUAAUGGUGACCCUGCACAGAGGAGAGGCAAAUAGUGGAGAUUCCAAGUUGGAAGACGAUUAGGCAAUCGUCUUGUCACAGGAUGAGUGGCUUCUUGGAGGCGUUCUCCUUACACUCGGCAGCUUCUGUCUUUCAGUCGUGUUUAACGUCAAGACAUGGAUAAUGAAGGAGUACCCUGAGGUUAUGAUGAUAGCAACCAUAUCAUGCGGCUUCGUGGCG